AAGGCCUGCAACUUCACCGACUGGGUCCUAUAAGACCUUCCUUCCGUUCCACCCUCCGCUUGCUCUCUUUCCUCGUCGUCCUCGUCGUCUCUCUCUCUCUGGUCCGCUCUAUCAUCGACAUCCGGUAUUCGUACUCCCUCUUCAUGUUCCAAGAGGUCUGCUUUAUAUGCGGAAAGCCCACCGACGAUGGAAGCCUGUAUUGCAGCGAUGAAUGCAAAUUUCAAGACUAUGUCCCUCCCACCAGUGGCUCUCGGUCCUCUCGCUCGACCUCUGCACACGACAUCCACCCAAUAACGGACGUACCUGCGCUGUCUCCAUAUGCGCAGCCAACCGAUCCGGAUUCUGAUGUUCCCGAGCAUUACCUCGGCGAGUCGGCACUGCAAAUCACCCCUUCCACCUCACCGACCUCCUCGUUAUACACGGAUGACGAGGACGAGGAAGAUUUGAUGGAACGACAACCUGACGCCCGCGUACUGGCCAAGAGUCUUCCCCAUGACAUGCAGAACUUCGACCGCCAAGCCACUGUCGUUGGAUUCCAGUCAUAUCAGGUGAUCCUGAGCAACUACCAGCGCCCUCCACCAAGGCCUAAGCACCCCAACCUCUCGGUGCCCGUUGCGAGUCAGACUCCCGUCAAUCUACGUUUCCACCGGAUACCCGCAAGGACCAACGGAUUCCAUUCACCACCCCUCCGCCCACACACGCGGGGGAAGGAACAGCGAUCGGUCUCCGAUCGCCUCGUGCGAUCAUCUCAAUCUUCGCCGUCUCGUCGUCACUCGUUUCCUACGCUGGCAAAUCUGGGGCUCAAUCUGCCAUCGCCACAGCCUUCGCCACAGCUCCGGCCCACAAAGCCCUCGCGUCCGAAGCAUAGCCUCGUCUCUCGCCACUCGACAUCCUCUUGUCAACAGCGCCCAAAACUUGAGAUGACUGUGAAGCGUGUGGAUACCACUCAGCACAGCUCGCCAGAGACGCCCAAGGUUGUGCAACAGCCGCGUCAAACGGAAGCGCAAGCAUUUGCGGCGAUGGCUCGCGCCCGCGGAUCAUCCGGCUCACGAACCCGCCUCGACGAUGAUAUUCUUACUACACCAACGCAGCCACGGGAUGACGAUCGUGGGAGAUCUCGGACACGCCAGCCACCCAGUGCUUCUCGGUCCAGAUCUCGUUCGGCGUCAAGGUCGAAGUCGCACCUUGGCGGGUUUACACCUGCUUAUGAUGCGAAUGCGGCUGAAGACCGCCAGGGACGGCGAUCGACUCGUGGACUAUUAUUACCUGCCUUCGGAAUCGGUGCGCUCACACGGAGCAAGGAUCCGUCGGCGGAGAGAGAGGAGUUUAGAGGAAGGAAGGGCAGGGUGUUUUGACAAUAUCGGACUGAAACACGUUAUACCCUGCCUGGACGACAUCGCAUGAAACCCGCAGCCUUUCUUUCCUCUUCUGAUAACUGGCACCAAAUCAUUAUGAUUCCCUUUCAAUGGACGACGACACAACAAUGACCGAAAACCCAAGCAAGAAAUUCAAGCAAUCGAAAACUCCGAGCAUCAACUGCCUUAUCAUUUUGUAAUCUUUCUGCAUCUUCAACGACUUGCACCCCACUCUCCUUCUUUCAAGUUUCCUCAAGCCCAAAAGUGUAUCGUGCUGGCUUUUCCCCACGAACGCACCCAAAAGGAGCGCUUGGCCUCGUUCCGCCCAUUCACUCCACUCCUAUGAAUCGUCACUCCGUGCAAGGUCACUUUCCAGUACUUUCGUACCGCAGAGCGGGAACCAGUCGAGUAUUAUUAUUAUCUAUCCUUGCGUUCACGUAUUACCCAAGGACUUGUAGCCUCGCUCCCUUGUCUCGUUUCACGAUCCAUGAACUUAUUCGCAUUUGACUCUGAACCACCGCUUCCAUUCACUUGUGCUCCUCCCAUUUUGUAGAUAGCAUUAGGUCAGGCUGCAAAGAGCAACAGAAAUAAGAGAUAAGAACUG